AUUCUAUCAACUUCCCUCCUCCCAUCUCCCCAUUAUAAAGCACAUCCCUCCUACUCCUCCCCAUUCCCAAUCCCACUCCAAAUCUCUUUAACUCCAUUCCCUUCCUCUUCCAAUUCAUCGCACUCACACCUCCAUCCAAAAUCCUUCAUUUCAUCUUCCUCUGCACCCAGAGCAACAAUGUGUUCAUCAAAGUUGCAGCAGCAGCAGCACAACGCCGGCACCGCCACCACCACCGCCACUCCGCCAGUCGUCCAAAUCGAUGGUCGCCCUGUCCUCCAGCCCAAAUCCAACCAAGUCCCCACCUUGGACAGGCGCAAUUCCCUCAAAAAAACCACUGCUCCCACCACAAAAUCUCCCCUGCCCACACUGCCACUCAAUGUAACCAAACCCAAAUCUGCACAGCCUCUGUCCCCUCCCGUUUCUCCCACUACCCCUAAAAUCACAUCACCUCGCCCCAAGAAAUCACCCACCAAUGAUCACUCCAGCAAUCAAAGCCUCCUCGCUCCCAUUUCUGAGAAGGCUUCGACGACUCCCAGGAUGUUGCGCAAAGCGGCGUCGUUUAGCCUGGACAGGAAGACGACGACUACAAGUUCCCACAAUUCGUUUGAACCCUCGUCUCUGAGCUUCGCCUCCUCUCUCAUCGUCGAGGCCCCGGGGACCAUAGCCGCUGCCAGGCGGGAACACGUCGCCAUUAUGCAGGAACAGAGGAAGAUGAGGAUUGUGCAUUACGGUAGGACCAAAUCGGCCAAGAUCAUGGUCUCGCCGCCGGUCGUUGAUUCGUCGCCGGACGAGGACAAAAGGUGUAGCUUCAUCACUCCCAAUUCGGAUCCGAUUUAUGUCACCUACCAUGAUCAGGAAUGGGGCAUCCCUGUCCAUGACGACAAGCUACUGCUGGAAUUGCUAGUCCUGACGGGCGCACAAGUCGGGUCGGAUUGGACUUCGGUCCUGAAGAGAAGGGAAUCACUGAGGGAGGCGUUUUCAGGAUUCGAUCCACAAGUUGUGGCCAAGUUCAAUGAGAAGAAGAUGAACUCCAUCAGCGCAGAGUAUGGCAUCGACAUCUGCCAAGUUCGUGGGAUUGUUGACAAUUCUAGCCGUAUUCUUGAGGUUGUGAAGGAAUUCGGGUCAUUUGACAAGUACCUAUGGAGGUUUGUGAACCAGAAGCCGAUCCAAACCCAGUACCGAUGGAGCCACAAGAUCCCAGUGAAGACCUCCAAAUCAGAGAGCAUAAGCAAAGACAUGCAGAAGAGAGGGUUCCGGCUCGUGGGUCCAACCGUAAUCCACUCGUUCAUGCAAGCUGCAGGCCUCAGCAAUGACCACUUAAUCACCUGUCCAAGGCAUCUCCAGUGCACACUCUCCGCCUCUCAAUCCAAUUGAUGAGGUUGUCAACAACAGAAGAUUGAUUCAUAAUGCCUAAGAAAGGAAAGAACGUAUAGGUUGUUUGUUUAAUUAGGUUUGCUUGGCUGACAUGAUAAUUGUAGGGUUUGUUAAUUAAUCAACUAGUGUGAGUUUGCAGCAGCUAAUUGUGCUUGUGGGAGUUUGAGUGGGUGGGAGACAGAGAGCAUGUGCAGGAAGGCAGAGGAAAGGGGGCAAUGGCAUGUGGUUUUGGGAUUCCCUUUUUUUUUCUUCUUUUUUUCUUUGGUUUUUGUUUAUAGAGUUGUGUUGUGUGUCCAUCAUCACCCCCACCACUUUCUUCAAUUAUGUGUUGCCCUGUUGAUGCUGCUGUUGGCUUGGCUGUGAAAGAAAGAAAGAAUAAUCAGUUUUGCAGAGUCCUGCAGGCAGCCAGAGCCAUCCCUCGGAGCCCUCAUUGCCAAAAAUAUUCCUCUUUCUAUCCCUUUGCUGCAAGCCAGCAACCUUUACCCCUUUUUCAAGUUUUUGGAUAGGAUAACAAGUGGGGAUCUCUCUCAUUUCAUCAAGCUGCCUGCGAUGUGGGCUCGAGAUACAGGGGACUUUAUGACCCUUUUGUCUCAAGGAACAGGGGAGAUGGAUAUCAACUAUCAAGGAAACCACAGUAGCUGGCCAAGAUUCCUUAUUGUUUUUUUUAAUGGAGAGCGGGCGGUUCUAAAACCUAACCGGUGGCCAAGAUUCCCCAGUUAUCCAAGAAAUCUGGUUGUGCUAAGUUUGUUUGUGAAUAUUAGUGCUAGUUUGCCCUUUUUGUGUGAUGGUGUGGGAUUUGUUCGACCUUGUGAACGUGACGAUUCAGUUGUAUUUUAAGUUAAUAAUUAACUAAUGAUGAUGAUGAUGGUGAUGGUUUAUGGAUUGUAAUUUGGUGCUUGGAUAUUAAUGGAUUCCGAUUCUGAUAUGUGGUUGGCUAGC